AUGAAUGCACUUUGGCAAGAUCGCACCCAAGAUGUUAUCAAAUUUUGGCUUGGCAAAGGAGUCGAUGGAUUUAGUUUUGUUGCUGUUAAAUUUCUUCUAGAAGCCACACAUCUACGAGAUGAGCCACAAGUGAACAAGUCUCAGAAUCCUGAGAGCAUCACAGCCUAUUCCGAGCUCUACCACGACUACACAACCACGCAAGUUGGUAUGCAUGAUAUCAUCCGUAGCUUCCGCCAAACCAUGGAUCAAUACAGCAGUGAGCCUGGCCGAUACAGAUUUAUGGGUUCUGACAGUGAUGAAAACGAAGACAUAGAGGGAACAGUGAUGUAUUAUGGAACAACUUUUGUCCAAGAAGCAGACUUCCCAUUCAAUUUCCACCUAAUUAACAUGAAAAAUCUAUCUGGCACCAGUGUUUCUGAAGCUGUCAACGUGUGGAUGAAAAACAUGCCUGAAGGAAAAUGGGCAAACUGGAUGGUCGGAAGCCCGAACACUGCUCGGAUUUCAUCUCGGUUUGGGAAUGAGUAUGUCAAAGUUAUAAACAUGCUGCUGCUAACCCUCCCUGGUACUCCUAUAACUUACUAUGGUGAAGAAAUAGGCAUGGAGAACGCUGUAUCAGCAAAUGUGACCUUCCCAGCGAAAUCCCCUAUGCAGUGGAAUGGCAACGAUAAUGCUGGUUUUACUGAAGGCAACAGUAGCUGGGUACCUGUCAACUCUGACUACCAAAGUGUCAAUGCUGAAGUUCAGAUGAUCCAGUCCAACUCAACCCUGAAUUUGUACAGAGAACUAACUCUACUUCGCAACAGUGAGCUACCCAUACAUCGGGGGUGGAUGUGCUCCAUCUGGAAUGACAGUGAUGUUUUUGUGUACGUGAGGGAAUUGGAUGGGUUAGACAGUGUCUUUAUGAUGGUUCUCAAUUUUGGACAAGAAUCGACAAUAGAUCUGAAAACUAUAGUUCCAAGCCUCCCAUCUCAAGCUGUGAUAAGACUAAGUACUAAUUUUAGCAAUACUGGUAAAGCUGUUGAUACCAAAAUAAUUAAAACUGAAGCAGGAGAAGGUCUGGUCCUUGAAUAUAAAACAGAAAAGCCUGUUCAUAAUAUGGCAGCUUUUCGAGAAAACUGUUUUGUGUCUGAAAAAGCUUGUUAUUCCAGUGCCUUCAAUUUACUCUACAUGAACUGCUAAAUGCAAGAGUAACUUUCAUGUUAACUUAGAAAAUGCUUGGUUUAGAGAAAUGCUAAUUCUUUUUGGCUUUUCAGGCUUGCUUUCUGUACACAACAAACAGCUUGAAAAAUAAAAUUAAUACCAAAUUGUCUUGUA